CGGGUCAGGUGUUCAAGCACAGCGCGCGGUCUGCACUUCAGCCCCGCGGCCUGAGCCCGCGCUCGCUGUGGCCUGUACCUUCCGUCAUGUUCCCGGCCGUCUCCUCUCCGCGGACCCCGGGGCCCGGAGCCCGAAGGGGCCCGCUGGGCGGAGUCGGGCCGGGCUCCACGCCCCGGACGACCAGCAGGAAGGGUCUGGGCCUGGGGUCUUCGGUCAGCUCCCCGGUGCUCUUCUCGCCGGCCGGCCGGCGUAGCUCGCUGAGCUCGCGAGGAACACCUACACGAAUAUUCCUGCACCACUCCAUAACUGAGUCUGUGAACUAUGAUGUGAAAACGUUUGGAUCUUCUCUCCCUGUUAAAGUCAUGGAAGCCUUAACGUUGGCUGAAGUUGAUGAUCAGCUGACUGUUCACAUAGAUGAAGGUGGAUGGGUUUGUCUGGUCUGCAAGGAGAAACUCAUUAUUUGGAAGAUUGCUCUGUCACCUGUUUCCAAGUUAUCAGUUUGCAAAGAACUUCAGUUGCCACCUAGUGAUUUCCACUGGAGUGCCAACUUGGUGGCUCUCUCUUACUCUGCUACCUCAGCUGAAACACAUUCUACUCAGGCUGUUGCUGUCAUGGUUGCCACCAGAGAAGGAUCCAUCCGCUAUUGGCCAAGCCUUGCGAGUGAAGACACCUACACAGAGACUUUUGUAGAUCCGGGAGGUGACAAGACUUACAGUUUCCUAACAGCAGUGCAGGGAGGAAGUUUUAUUUUAUCCUCAUCGGGAGGCCAGCUGAUUCGCCUGAUACCCGAAAGUGUUGGAAAAAUUCAUCAGCAUAUCCUGCCUCAAGGGCAAGGCGUGCUUUCAGGAAUUGGUCGGAAGGUUUCUUCUCUUUUGGGAAUUUUAUCUCCUAGUAGUGAUCUCAUACUUUCAAGUGUCCUUUGGGAUAGAGAGAGAUCUAGCUUUUAUAGCCUGACAAGUUCAAACAUCAGUAAAUGGGAAUUAGAUGAUUCUUCAGAAAAGCAAGCACAUAGUUGGGAUAUAAAUAGAGUCCUGAAGGAAAACAUUAUUGAUGCUAUUUGGGGAUCUGAAAGCAACUAUGAAGCUAUUAAAGAAGGAGUCAACAUUCGGUAUUUGGAUUUGAAGCAAAACUGUGAUGGGCUUCUGAUUUUGGCAGCAGCGUGGCAUCUGUCAGACAAGCCCUGUCUCGUCUAUUACUCACUGAUAACAGUAGAAGAUAACGGCUACCAAAUGUCAGAUGCAGUAACCGUGGAAGUCACUCAGUAUAAUCCACCUUUUCAGUCUGAAGACUUGAUUGUAUGUCGGUUGAUGGUGCCAAACUUUUCAAACCAGACUGCCUAUCUCUAUACUGAAAGUGCUGUCUACGUGUGCUCCACAGGAACUGGGAAGUUUUCUCUUCCUCGGGAGAAAAUUGUCUUUAAUACACAAGGUGAUAGUAUUUUAGGAGCUGGUUCCUGUGGGGACGUUCCUAUCCUUUUUUCUAGAAACAGUGGAUUGGUGUCUAUCACUUCAAGGGAAAAUGUGUCCAUAUUAGCAGAAGACCUUGAAGAUUCCCUAGCAUCUUCAGUUGCUGGACCAGGCAGUGAGAGUGUGGUUUUUGACACCUCUACCAAGAAUGAAACUAUUGCCCAGGAAGAUAAAACCAAAUUGCUGAAAGCUGCUUUUCUGCAAUACUGCAGAAAAGAUUUAGGUCAUGCUCAAAUGAUAGUUGAUGAGCUGUUUUCCUCUCACUCUGAUUUGGAUUCUGAUUGUGAACUAGACAGAGCCGUUACCCAAAUUAGCGUGGACCUGGUGGAUGACUACCCAGCUUCUGAUCCACGGUGGGCUGAGUCUGUCCCCGAGGAAGCACCUGGGUUCAGCAAUACAUCCUUGAUUAUUCUCCACCAGCUUGAAGACAAGAUGAAAGCCCAUUCUUUCCUUAUGGACUUCAUUCACCAAGUCGGCUUGUUUGGACGUCUCGGCACUUUUCCAGUGAGAGGGCUGCCGAUGGCCACGCGGCUGCUGCUCUGUGAGCACGCCGAGAAGCUGGCUGCCGCCAUCGUCCUCAAGAACCACCACUCGAGACUUUCCGACCUUGUGAACACGGCGAUACUGAUGGCUUUGAACAAGAGGGACUGUGACAUCCCAUCCAACCUGACCCCUGCAGAUGUCUUCUUCAGAGAGGUAUCCCAGGUAGAUACCAUCUGUGAGUGUUUACUGGAGCACGAAGAGCAAGUCUUGAAGGACACAUCCUUGGAAUCAGUUGAAUGGGCAGAAGUGGUGAUCAACGUGAACAGUAUUCUCAAGGACAUGCUGCAAGCUGCUAGUCAUUAUCGACAAAACAGAAACUCCUUGUAUAAAAGAGAAGGGCCACUGGAAAAAGAACCUGAGUAUAUUCCAUGGACAGCAACGAGUGGUCCUGCCGGCAUCCGCACAGUAAUAGUGCGCCAGCAUGGGAUUGUCCUGAAAAUGGUUUAUCCUCAGGCAGACAGCAACCUCCGAAACAUUCUGACAGAGCAACUGGUAGCACUGAUUGAUUGCUUCCUGGAUGGUUACGUUUCUCAGCUCAAGUCUGUGGACAAAUCCAGUGAUCAAGAAAGAUACAACAAUCUAGAAAUGGAAUACCUGCAGAAAAGAUCAGAUCUCUUAUCUCCGCUUCUCACACUAGGCCAAUACCCUUGGGCUGCUUCAUUAGCAGAAAAAUACUGUGACUUUGACAUCUUAGUACAAAUGUGCGAGCAGACUGACAACCAGACUAGACUGCAACGCUACAUGACCCAGUUUGCUGAUCAGAAUUUUUCCGACUUUCUCUUCCGUUGGUAUCUGGAGAAAGGAAAGCGAGGCAAGUUAUUAUCUCAGCCCGUUUCUCAGCACGGACAGUUGGCGAAUUUUUUGCAAGCUCAUGAACAUCUGAGCUGGUUACACGAAAUUAACAGCCAAGAAUUAGAAAAGGCUCAUGCAACACUGCUAGGUUUGGCAAAUAUGGAAACUCGUUACUUUGCAAAGAAAAAAACCCUUCUUGGCUUGAGCAAAUUGGCUGCAUUAGCUUCAGACUUUUCAGAAGAUAUACUGCAAGAAAAAAUUGAAGAAAUGGCUGAGCAGGAGCGCUUUCUGCUGCACCAGGAGACCCUGCCUGAACAGCUGUUGGCCGAGAAACAGCUGAGUCUCAGUGCCAUGCCGGUACUGACCGCUCCGCAGCUCAUCGGCCUGUAUAUCUGUGAAGAAAACAGGAGAGCUAAUGAGUAUGAUUUCAAGAAAGCUUUGGACUUGCUGGAGUAUAUUGACGAGGAGGAAGAUGUAAAUAUAAAUGAUCUAAAACUGGAGAUCCUUUGCAAAGCUCUUCAGAGAGAUAACUGGUCCAAUUCAGAUGGUAAAGAUGAUCCAAUCGAAGUAUCUAAAGACAGUAUAUUUGUGAAAAUCUUACAGAAACUUUUAAAAGAUGUUUAUUUUUCAGAUGAGAAAAUUGUACAUACUGUUUUGUGACUAUACAGAGGCUCGUUGGCUUUCCAGCUCAGUAGAGGACUGGUGAAGACAUGGUUCUUCCCCUCACCAGUCAUAGAGAGAAACUGUGAUAUGUUUGGAGAUACUGUAGAUAGCUUUCACAGCAGUGUUUCUACUACAUUAUUUCCUGAAUAGGAGAAUAUAGAAUUGUUUGGAAGACUUUUCUUCUUUUUCUUUUUUCUUUUUGUUGUUAUUCUUGAAGAAUUUUAUAUGUAUUUUCAAAAAUAAACUUGAAAUACAAAAUAAAGUUGAUCAACUUCAGGGAAAAUAUAUAUUACCAAAGUUGACUCUAGAAAUUAAUUUUUUAAAAAUUAAGCAGUCCAAUCAGCCUAGGAAAAAAAACAUUAAUAGCCAAUUCUCAAGUAAGCACCUCUGCAGUCUAGCAUUCCUGGAGUGUGGGAAGACCACCCAACCAAGGAAAAUAGUGGAUUUUUGAUCUGGGGGACAGGUAAAUGUCUGAAAGUCUUAUAAGAAGAUACAGUACAACUUUAUUUGUCUUCCUUGAUAAUUCAGAUUCCUGUCUUUAAAAUUUUACAGAUGGAUUAUAAGCAAUCUUUCACUGAUACCUUCUACCUCUUUUAUUAUGUAGCUGCUUAGAAUGCUGUUUGCUUGGGCUUGAAAUAUUUGUUUUCAAGUGAUUAUUAGUUUAAAACUUCCACACCAAAGGAAUGGCUUAAGCUGUGGAGAAAAAUGGAAAUAUUUCAGAUCCUAUUAAAGACUUUAAAUAGAGUGGCUGUUUUGACCACUAGGGGGAAGAGCAGUCACGCAGCUCCUGCUAAGUAAAGAAUGUCAUAUUGUCAGGCCUGCAAGUAUGCUUGGCAUUUGGAAGGAAUUUAGAACAGAGUAUUUCCCAAUAGCAGAGUGACGUUAUAUUUUAAAUGGAAGCACAGGUGUUUUUAUCAUCAGUCAUCUUAAUUCGUUUGAGAGUUAUGUGAAAAUAAAAAACAA